GCCCGCCAUUUGGUUUGAUUGCGGAUAGAGGUCUCGUCUUUCUAUUCAUAUUUCCUAAAGUUAAAUCACAGCGGGUUGUCAAUCAACCACGUAUUGACAAGUGGAUUUUGAUUGAUACCCAGAAUGUCGUACGGAGGAAGAAGACCGUACGGUGGUUACCCUACAAGGCAGUUCCCUCCCCUGUCCCCAACUCCGCGCCCAACCUACGCCGAACCUAACGUUCCACAGCGAGAGCCGGUCAUCCUGCCAAGUAUCGCUGACAAGUAUGCCGACGGAGCAACUUAUCGUAGACACCGCAUCAAGCCUGUAUCCCCAGUGGAUGAAAGCAUCUAUGACUUUUCCAAUAUGUCUACCAAGCUUCCCCCUAUUCGCCCACCAGCACGUGGCAAAGAGGCCUACGAUCCCGCAACCUCCAGAAGACCAGACCAGAGAAGGUACGGACAGCGCUCGAGAACUCUUGGUGGAGCAGUUGGUUUCAGAUCCAGCACAGGCACAAGGCGAUACUAAUUUAUAUACAAAGUUUAAAUGUCUAUAUACGAAGAAUCCUGCCAAUACUUCCAUCCGAGCUGCUUUAUCCAUUCAGUACAUCGUAUACAAGAUCUAAUGUCCGCUGACUACAAUAAUUCGAAUUUUCCCUGGUCAUGCUUGGUAAGAUGAGAAAACAGUGUUUAUUUCUUUUUUUUUAUUAAUAUAUAUUUUUUUUUUUACAUAAUUUCAUUACCAAAAUGCGUUCCUUCGUAAAUCCCAACCAUACACUACUGAUAUGUGGUAGUCAAACACUGGCUCACAAGCUUUACUUCUAC